GCGGCGGGGCGGCGGGGACCGCGGCCGGGCGAGGCCGGGCUUCGAGCCGCCCUCCCGCGCGCACCUGCCUGCGCCGACCCCGGCGCCGCCCCGCCGGGGAACCGGAAAGGCGGCCUGCGGACUGCGAGCCGCAUGACUGCUGGAGUUCGGAUGGGGACUGCCGGAGACCGGAGUUCAAGUCUAGGGGCCUGUCUAGAAUAAAGUGGGUGGGGGCGGACCCAUCUGCGUUCGCCACGAUCGUUCCUAGAAAGCUGAACCCCCACUGUCCUCGCGGCUGGGUCCUGCGCUCUUCAGCCGCAUCCCGCCCGGAUUAGGCGUUCCCAGACUGGCAGAAAGCCUGGCAUCAUGCUUCGGCCUUGGAGGUGACGCAGGCGCUGCUGUCGGAGAAUUGGGAGGCGAAGCCGGAGCUGGUCGGCCAGAGGAGCUGGCAGGCCCAGGCGGAGCACAGCACAUGCUAGUGUGCUAGCUGCUGUCGGGGAAGCGGCGGCCACAGCUCCUGUUUGCUGCUGCCACGCACCUUCUGCUGAGUCUCAGCAUGGAGAGCGGCGCUCCGCCCGUCCCUGCUGCCCUGCCGUACUACGUGGCCUUCUCCCAGCUGUUGGGCCUCACCGUGGUGGCAGUGACUGGCGCGUGGCUGGGUCUGUACCGAGGUGGCAUUGCCUGGGAAGGCCCCCUGCAGUUUAACGUGCACCCGCUCUGCAUGGUCAUAGGCAUGAUCUUCCUGCAAGGAGAUGCUCUGCUGGUGUACCGAGUCUUCAGAAAAGAAGCCAAACGCACGACCAAGAUCUUGCACGGGCUGCUGCAUGUCUUUGCCUUCGUCAUCGCCCUGGUGGGCUUGGUGGCCGUGUUCGACUACCACAAGAAGAAGGGCUAUGCGGACCUGUACAGCUUGCACAGCUGGUUCGGGCUCUUAGUCUUCAUCCUUUACUUUGCGCAGUGGCUCGUGGGUUUCAGCUUCUUCCUGUUCCCUGGGGCUUCGUUCUCUCUGCGGAGGCGCUACCGCCCUCAGCACAUUUUCUUCGGUGCCACCAUCUUCCUCCUUUCUGUGGGCACAGCCCUCCUGGGCCUGAAGGAGGCGCUGCUGUUUAAACUUGGGGGCAAGUACAGCACGUUUGAACCCGAAGGCGUCUUGGCCAACGUGCUGGGCCUGCUGCUAGCCUGUUUCGGGGUGGUUGUGCUCUACAUCUUGUCCCAAGCUGACUGGAAGCGGCCGUCCCAGGCUGAAGAGCAGGCCCUCUCCAUGGACUUCAAGACGCUGACAGAGGGGGACAGCCCCAGCCCACAGUGAUGGCCUCCCUCGUCCUGGACAGGGGGCUGCAUGUGGGUGCUCCUCUCAGUCCUGUGGGUUCCCAGAUGCCUUUUUGCUCAUCCCUGCGGAGGCUGAGUCUUCAGGUCCAGGAGUAAGGGGCAGUGGUGUUAGUUUAGUGGGUUCCAGGGUUUGGGGUUGUCCUCGGCUUUCCCUUCCUCUCUGCAGCUUUUGAUGCAUCCUGUGAGCCACGUGUGGGCCCUGCCUGUACCCCCGUUGUCCAUUCUCAUGCAGAAAGCUUGGUUAGGGGAUCUGGGGUCCAGCCUGGUCCUAUUGCCCCACAUGGCAGAUGGCUGGGCUGGGCCUGAGCACUGGCAUGGGAAAGCCAAGACUGUUGCUCUGUGGGUUUAGCCCGGGAACCCCAGCAGCUUGGGAAGUGCACGUCCUUGGCAGUAGAGCAAGUGAUGCUAGGCGUAAAGUAUGCUGGUGUUCAGAGUAAGGUUCCCCAGAAGGCUUGAGUCCGGCCCCCAAAGGAGCCCUGCCUGCUGGGUGGCUUGGCCACAGUCUUGGCCCUUUCUCUUCUUUUUUAAUCCCUGAGCCUUAAGUAGGCUUUUUGGUAAGGGGACCAGUGUUCAAAAGGCAGGUAAAUACCUGCCCUGGUGGGGGAGGGCAGGCUGCUGGUGGUGAGGGACCUCCUGGCUUCCAGCUACCCUGGCAGAGUUCCCCCCAGCAGGGGCUAAGCUCUUCUUUCUAGUGCGGGCCAGUCCGGGCAGGCUCUGGGAGUGGGAGGCUACACACCUCCUGAGUUUUUGGAAGAGGCUGCUGUUUGUCUUGUUCUCCAGGGGGAAGCUGGGGUACCCUGGCUGGGCUGAAGCAGCCCUGGAGUACGCUGUCCUUCCACACCGGGUCCAUCGUCACUGGACAGUAGGAAUGAGGUGGAAGAGAGGGGGUGGAUUGGUGUCCCGCAGUGCCUGCACACAGCUUCGACCCCCUGUUUACUGUCUGUUGUGGUGUUAGCUGAGUCACUGUUUGGCUUGAAUCUAGAAAGAAUGUGAUUAGAGCACUGAUCUUGUGCUUCUCUGGCUUGGCAAGCGCUCUCUCCUUGUUUCCCCCACUCUCUUGGAUUUUGAGGAGCCUCGCAGUUUGUGACCUCCAAGGUUAACUUCAUGAGGAAAUCAACAGUUCCCGAACCUGACAAUUCUUUUAAGUCAACAGGCUGGCUUUCUCCGUCAGGUUUCUAAUAACUGUGCUGUGGGUUUUGCUUCUGGCGAUGUGUCCAUCCCCAGCUGUGGGGCAGCUUCCUCCCUGAUGCUACCUGUCACCCUGGCCUCCUCUCCCAGGUCUCCAUUUGCAGGGAUGAUGGGGUUUGCCUUCAGUUUCGAUUGCAUACGCUGAAAGGAUUAAGGAUCGUAUAAAAUCUGUCGUCGGUUGGCAUGCUUGUGUGGUCAGAUGUUUACAUGUGGCAGGCUCUUCCUUAGACAAACUACCGAGGACCAUGGUGCGUCUCCUUUGCCAGACUACACAGAGUUAGAACUUAGGUCUGCAAUGAGAGCCUGUAAACUACUCUUUCUGCCAAAGUGUAUGAAUCAUGACUAAGGACCAGAGAAGGCCCCCAAGCAGAUGUCUGUGGUUUCUUCUGUUUGCCUGUGGCCUGUCUCCUGUGACGUACAGCGUGUUGUCAGUGCAGCAGAUAAAUCAAUAAAUGUCUACAGCAGA